AUGAGGUGGGGUGUCAAGGAGACACCUACAGAAGGAAACAAAUCACAGAAAGACAGAAGAGUGAAGAAAGAAGGGACACAGAAAGACAGAAUAGUGAAGAAAGAAAGGACUCAGAAAGACAGAAUAGUGAAGAAAGAACGGACACAGAAUGACAGAAUAGUGAGGAAAGAAAGGACUCAGAAAGACAUAAUAGUGAAAAAAGAAAGGACACAGAAAGACAGAAUAGUGAAGAAAGAAAGGACACAGAAAGACAGAAUAGUGAAGAAAGAAAAAACACAAAAAGACAGAAUAGUGAAGAAAGAAAGGAUACAGAAAGACAGAAUAGUGAUGAAAGAAGGGACACAGAAAGACAGAAUAGUGAAGAAAGAAGGGACGCAGAAAGUCAAAAAAGUGAAGAAAGAAGGGACACAGAAAGACAGAAUAGUGAAGAAAGAAGGGACACAGAAAGACAGAAUAGUGAAGGAAGAAAGGACACAGAAAGACAGAAUAGUGAAGAAAGAAAGGACACAGGAAGACAGAAUAGUGAAGAAAGAAAGGACACAGAAAGACAGAAUAGUGACAAAAGAAAGGACACAGAAAGACAGAAUAGUGAAGAAAGAUAGGACACAGAAAGACAGAAUAGUGAAGAAAGAAAGGAAACAGGAAGACAGAAUAGUGAAGAAAGAAGGGACACAGAAAGACAGAAUAGUGAAGAAAGAAGGGACACAGAAAGACAGGAUAGUGAAGAAAGAAAGGACACAGGAAGACAAAAUAGUGAGGAAAGAAGGGACACAGAAAGACAGAAUAGUGAAGAAAGAAGGGACACAGAUAGACAGAAUAGUGAGGAAAGAAGGGACACAGAAAGACAGAAUAGUGACGAAAGAAAGGACACAGAAAGACAGAAUAGUGAAGAUAGAAAGGACACAGAAAGACAAUAGUAACAAAAGGAAGGACACAGAAAGACAGAAUAGUGAAGAAAGAAAGGACACAGAAAGACAGAAUAUGAAGAAAGGGACACAGAAAGACCGAAUAGUGAAGAAAGAAAGGACACAGAAAGACAUAAUAGUGAAAAAAGAAAGGACACAGAAAGACAGAAUAGUGAAGAAAGAAAGGACACAGGAAGACAGAAUAGUGACGAAAGAAAGGACACAGAAAGACAGAAUAGUGAAGAAAGAAAGGACACAGAAAGACAGAAUUGUGAGGAAAGAAGGGACACAGAAAGACAGAAUAAUGAAGAAAGAAAGGACACAGGAAGACAGAAUAGUGAGGAAAGAAGGGACACAGAAAGACAGAAUAGUGAAGAAAGAAGGGACACAGAAAGACAGAAUAGUGAGGAAAGAAGGGACACAGAAAGACAGAAUAGUGACGAAAGAAAGGACACAGAAAGACAAAAUAGUGAAGAAAGAAAGGACACAGAAAGACAAUAGUAACAAAAGGAAGGACACAGAAAGACAGAAUAGUGAAGAAAGGGACACAGAAAGACAGAAUAGUGAUGAAAGAAAGGACACAGAAAGACAGAAUAGUGACAAAAGAAAAAAAACACAGAAAGACCGAAUAGUGAAGAAAGAAAGGACACAGAAAGACAGAAUAGUGAAGAAAGAAAGGACACAGAAAGACAGAAUAGUGACGAAAGAAGGGACACAGAAAGACAGAAUAAAAGACAGAAUAGUGACGAAAGAAGGGACACAGAAAGAGAGAAUAGUGAAGAAAGAAAGGACACAGAAAGACAGAAUAGUGAAGAAAGGGACACAGAAAGACAGAAUAGUGAGGAAAGAAAGGACACAGAAAGACAAUAGUAACAAAAGGAAGGACACAGAAAGACAGAAUAGUGAAGAAAGGGACACAGAAAGACCGAAUAGUGAAGAAAGAAAGGACACAGAAAGACAGAAUAGUGAUGAAAGAAGGGACACAGAAAGAGAGAAUAGUGAAGAAAGAAAGGACACAGAAAGACAGAAUAGUGAAGAAAGAAAAGACACAGUGAAGAAAGAAAGGAGAAAGAAAGACAGAAUAGUGAAGAAAGAAGGGACACAGGAAGACAGAAUAGUGAAGAAAGAAAGGACACAGAAAGAUAGAAUAGUGAAGAAAGAAGGGACACAGAAAGACAGAAUAGUGAAGAAAGGGACACAGAAAGACAGAAUAGUGAAGAAAGAAGGGACACAGGAAGACAGAAUAGUGAAGAAAGAAAGGACACAGAAAGACAGAAUAGUGACGAAAGAAAGGACACAGAAAGACAGAAUAGUGAAGAAAGAAGGGACACAGAAAGACAGAAUAGUGAAGGAAGAAAGGACACAGAAAGACAGAAUAGUGAAGAAAGAAGGGACACAGAAAGACAGAAUAGUGACAAAAGAAGUGACACAGAAGAGGGAAUAG